AUGGUGUUGACAGUUCCAAUCGGACUGUGGUCAGGUCGGAAUGUCAACUGUAAAUGUACCUGCUUCGGUCGAAUCGAGUCCAACCUUGACAAUGUCGAGUACUGGAUUUAUGCUACCUUUGAGAGCGGCCAGAUCUUCAUUUGGAAGGUUUCCGAUCAGAACAUCAUCCACAAAAGCGUCCUAAUACAGGACUCUGAUGCAUCUCCGAUAGUGAGCACAUCAUCUUACGGGAAGAAUCAUCUAGCAACGCUUUCCCUCUCCGGGUUAAUUCAGUUUUGGCAUGUUCCUUCUGGCCGCGUAGUAUUCUCAAUUCAAGCGUCUGAUCGUCUUGGAGGUCUUGUUACUCUCUCUGAAACAUUGAUAGCUGCUUUCGGCGAACUCAGUGAAGUCCUUGUUUUCAGCACAAAAACUGGAAAGCGCGAGUUCUCACUUUGCUGCCGUUUGUACCCGGACUGGAUAACUUGCGGGGUCUCAAUAAAUGUCCCCGAUCUAUCAGUUUUGCUCGGCAUAACGGCAGGUGGAACUUUGAAAGUAUGGCGCGUCUCAACAGAGCCUCAACAAUCGCUAGAAGAGCCACUUUGGGAGGAAGAGUCGAAGCAAAUCCGAUCAUGCGAGCAUCCGAUUGUUCUGAAAUUAAGGAGCGAAUACGCCCUUGUCGUCUGUAAGAAGUCCUUCUUCAUCUUGGACUCAUCGGAUUUUUCAAGCAUAUCUUAUCAGUCGAUUGAUAGCGAUUGCCUCGUCGAUGGAUUUUUCCUUCAAGCAAGUUCAAACUUCGCCAUCGUGUCGGAGAACAAAGCUCUGAACUUGUCAUAUUUCACGAUCUACUCAACAGCGAACCUUAAGCCUCAAAGUGCGGAUGACCAAUCUCCGCAGCUCAUUUGGCGAACGUCUGCUCCCCUGCACUCGAACUUUCAACUUUCUGGAAAACGUCUUCAUUCAAUUGCUCCUUCUCUUGAGAUCUCUACAUAUGUAGCGCAGGAAGAUUCACUAAUUGAGAUAGCUAAAACUGCUUCUUGCAGUGGAGUUGAAGGCGAACUUGAUGUAUUUUGCACGAAUGACUCCUACAUCACUGCGGUUUGCUUUGUUGAAGAGAAGGAUACCCUCAUAUUUGGUCGUUCUGAUGGACAUCUUGUUAUCGCUCCUGCAAUUCCUUCUUUUGCAAAAUGUGUUUUUGAUAUUAACGAAGACGUAGAUGUCUUUACAUCUGCAGUAGCCAAUUACGCCGAGAUCACUUGUCUCAUGUACCCAUACCAGCAUAACACCGCUUCAUAUGACGACGAUGUCUUUUUUGUUGGUAGCGCCGACUUCUCUGUCUCAGCAUGGUCACUAACACAUAAACAAAAGUUGGUAGAAUUCCACAAUCACAUGGCUCCACUGCUGAGUCUCACAAUUUGCCCGAUAAAAGUCGGAAAAUCAGCUGGCACGGCCGUUUCGAUCGAUGUCGAUGGCGGAAUCUGCGUAUUGCAUCCGAAGACGCACCAAUGUCUCCUUUCUGAUCCUGGCUUUGGUCAAGCGAUAAUUGAUGUCGCUUGGACAAAUGAUGGGUACCUUAUUGUCACUCGUGAAGACGGAUCAUGCAAGACAUGGGAUGCAUAUUCGAUGGCUCUUGAACGGGAAACUUCUUCCUCUCAAGCGAAUGAAAUUCAGUCAACAGCUGAGCUAUAUCCCCACGAUAAACCUCCGGCAAGGAGGCAGCAGCUCAUUUUUGUCCAACCAAUGUUUCUUGAUCAGCUUGAUUCUCCACCAAUUCUCAAGUGUUUAUCGUUUCACUUCGAUGUCGAAAAAAUGGUUCAAAAUAUCAUCCAGCACUAUCGACUGAAUCAAACAAGUAUCAAGAAAAUGCCAUCGCGUCAAGCCUCUGAAGACAAAUCACAGCCAAAUUUAACCAAUACUCUCAAGAUAACAGGAAUGCAGUUAUUUUCUAGCGUCCAGUCAAAAAUUAAAGAAUCGCGCUCAGGUCGCCAAUCUCCAGCAACUCCGACCUCACCAAAGUCUCCUCAACAACAAGCUACAUCGCCAUCGAAACUAUCCUUAUCAAGCGCACCAUCACUAGAUACUUCUGAAAGUGCCAUCUUGGGACCUCAAUCGUUAGCAUUCGGACGUAUUCUUAUCAUGACCUUGCAUGCAUGGGGACUUCAGCCAUCUCUUGAUGAGCUUCUAGUGACGAUGAUAUCCUUUGCGCGACCGAAAAAGUCACUGAUCUUUGGAGUCCGUCGUCAGAGCUGCUGUGUUUUCUUUUUCCCUGAAGAACCAGACAAUUUUAACGAACACUGGAACAUUUCAAAAGACUUGACGAAUCUCCAUCUCAUGUCGAUAGGUUCUCUUUGCAACAGUUUGAUGAAUUUGUCCGAAGAAAUCCUCGGUGAUGGUAGACAGUGUUGGUCUGGACUAGUCACUCUCCACUGCGCCUUGCUAAGCGAUCUAUUAGAAAAGUACACUCCUCCCGCUCUGGAAACACUGGCGAUUCGCUGGUCUGAUCGUGUGCAAGAGAUUCGCGAAACGGGACAAAGCCUUCUUCUUGAUCAACUAAGACCUGUUGAACUUCUUGGUCGUGGCUUCCAUAUCUGGGAGCCUUUCGUUGAGCCUGCAACUGUUCUCUUGGCUCUUAUGGAAAUGACGAUCAACUAUGAAAUGGUGGAGCCACUAUUUAACAAGAAGGUGAUGGUUUCGCCAAGCGCGGAGCUAUGCCGUGCUUCGCAUAGAGCUCUCUGUCAAAUCGCCCGAUCAAAACCCAGCGUCUUCAUCACGACAAUAGGACGAGAAGUAGCCCGCCAUACUGCCGCAAUUGCUAAUCCAGCUACCUCCCAGAAAUUUCAGCAGUCAACGCUUGUCAAAGCCAAAAAUGAAGUGUUGCGGAUAAUAGAGUUUUUGGCAGAAAUGCUGCCCAACGAGCUGUCUCUGCUUAUAUCUGAGGUCGUUGACAUCGUUCUGUUUUGCUUGGACUCUCAAGCAUUCAAGAAAACGAGGUUAUCUGACGCUUUUCCUCCACUGCAAAGUAUAAAAAUGGUGCAAAUCAAUUACGAGGUCAGGCUAAAAAGCAACGCAAAAUAUCAAAUGACAGAAAUAGAGGAUAGUCUUCGGAGCAUCUUCGAACUAUUCGACGAUGGAGUUAAAAGCUUAAUUCCGAAACAAGACAAGGAAAAGAUCAUGAACGCGAUUAACGAGAUUAUGGACGAAACUGAGACGAAAGAUCUGCUGGAAGCGUUGAACGUCGUGGAAGAGUGCGUUUCUGAGGUUAUGAUUUGCGAAGAGAGCGAAAAGUACAGUGAUAUUCCUAAUACUGCCCUCGGGAAGUUCUAUUUGUACACCAUGGACAAAGCUGAGGGAGAAGAAGAGCACAUUGAUGAGGAAGAAGAUGGCGAAAUCGCUGCUUGCCAGACAUGGAUGUUACCGAACAAGGCGUUUUACGGACUGUGGGAGUCGCUGCACUACUCAUCAUCGCUCAAAACCGAUCUCAUUCAAUACGCGGAAACAUCUUUUCGGCUAUCGCAACUAGGAGUCAGCAACACGCUCAUUAGCUGGAACAAAGUCAUUCUUUUUCAUGGCCCUCCAGGCACUGGAAAGACUUCCAUCGCUCAGGCAUUUGCUCAAAAAUUAGCGAUUCGACAAAUAGGCGGCUAUCAAAAUACGGCACUUGUGGAGAUCAACUCACAUUCUCUCUUCUCAAAGUGGUUUUCGGAGUCAGGCAAACUUGUUCAGAAAAUGUUUUCUAAAAUAAGAGACUAUGCGGAUGACAAGUCGAUCAUGACGAUCAUCCUCAUCGACGAAGUAGAGAGCUUAACCUCUGCUAGAUCGGGUUCCGCGAAUGAGCCAGCAGAUGCCGUUAGAGUAGUCAAUGCUGUUCUUACGCAACUGGACUCGCUGAAAAAGUACCCGAACGUUCUCGUUGUUUGCACAUCGAACAUCACUGGCAAAAUUGAUCUGGCAUUCAUCGAUCGCGCCGACAUGAAGAUUUUCGUUGGACCACCAGAGCCAAAAGCUAUCUACACUAUCCUCGAGUCUGCGUUCAACGAAUUAUAUCAUAAAGGCAUGAUUACAGGCAAAUAUUCCUUACGAUCAGAAGGAUACGACCUGCCAAACGAGAGAAGCCUUAUUGCGAUCGCCGACAGUGCUCAAGGAAUCAGCGGACGCACGCUUCGAAAGAUACCAUUCCUGGCCUUGAUGAAGUACUGCGCUGGAGCUCAACAGGUCACUCUUGACAACUAUCUUAACGCUGUCGAAAAAGCCAUCGAAAGCGACAAGGUUGAGAGAAAGCAUCUUUCUGAUGAAAACCCGAAGAUGGAAGCCUAG